AUGGCGAACAUCAAGGUGGCAGUUCGUGUAAGACCGAUUUCUGCGAGGGAACUGAAUUUAACGGGGUCAGAGGUAGUUGUCCACACGGAUACGAACGAGAUCUCUCUGACGAAUUUGAAGGUGUCUUCGAGCAAAGCCGGGGACAGUCGCGCGAGGACGAGAAAAUAUGGUUUCGAUUACUGUUUCGACUCGUCGGAUCCAGGGUCACCGAGUUUCGCGGACCAGGCCAGGAUUUACCACACACUUGGCCGAUCUGUCCUGGACGCUCUUUUCACUGGCUAUAACUCCUGUUUGGUGGCGUACGGGCAAACUGCGUCUGGGAAAACCUACACCAUGAUGGGAACCAAGGAGGACCCGGGACUCACUCCGCGCCUCUGCGAGGGCCUCUUCGCGAGGAUCGAGGAAGAAUCGAAGAACGAGAGCAACUAUGUCGUUUCUGUCAGUUACUUGGAGAUAUACAACGAGAGGGUGAGAGAUCUUUUGAAGCCGUCCUCGAGCACAGGCGGAUUGAGAGUUCGCGAGCAUCCUCGACUGGGCCCUUAUGUUCAAGGUCUGACCCAUCAUCUAGUCCGUACCCUGGAAUCGUUGAUGUCCUACGUGGAGGAGGGCACGAAGGCCCGGAAGACAGCGUCGACGUUGCAGAACUCGUGCAGCAGCCGCAGUCACGCUCUGUUGACGAUCGGCGUCGCGGAGGCGUCGCAGGGCGUCGGGAACGGCGUCUCCUCGAGGAGGAAGGAGAUCUUGCCACGCGGUGGCAGCAAAUUGCGACUGGUCGAUCUGGCGGGCAGCGAGAGCGCGGCCACGUGCAGCGGCGUUCAUCGACUGAAGGAGGGCGCGAAUAUAAACAAGAGUCUAGUGGCUCUAGGGAACGUAAUAUCAGCCCUUGCGGAGAGAGGUACGACCGGAAGUGGUCCGGGCAGGAGGUUCAUCCCUUAUAGAGAUUCUUCGCUUACUUGGCUGUUGAAGGACGCACUUGGCGGAAAUGCCACUACCAUUAUGCUCGCCACGAUCUCACCAGCGAGCGGAAGCUACAACGAGACGGCGCACACGCUGCGAUUCGCGCAAAGGGCACAGAGCGUGGUCAAUCGGCCGGUGGUCAACGAGGAUCCCGUGGCGAGGAUCAUCCGCGAGCUGAGGGCUGAGGUGGCCAGGCUCAGGUCUAUGCUACUGGAAAAGAACCCAGAACCGGAUAGCAAGUCGUUGUGCAGUUGCCAGAGGAAUCAAGCGGACGCUAAUAAAGAUCGAUCGUCGCAAGAAGAAGUCGCGACAGGCUCGAGCGAUCGAUUGGACGAGCAAAAAUCGAAGGAAGAGUCUCAAGAGCAGCGAGUGGAGUCGUUGGAAGAGAGAAAAGGACCGAAGAGCGUGGUUCCGCUUCGCAAAUCCAAUUCCAGCGACAGCGUGACCACGUACGAAGUCGAUUCUUCCGUAAAGAAGUUCGGGUCGCUGGAAUUUUUGGCCACGAGCAAUCGUUUCGCGGGAAGCUACAACAGGGCGAAAGUGACCGAGUUGAACGACGAGGAGGACGAAGUGAGCGAGAUCCACGAGUCCGUGUUCGUCGAUAUCCCGACGUUAGUCGCUGUCCUGAUCAAGCCGGACUAUAACCUGCAGGAGUCCUCCGCGCAGAUCGAGGAGAUCUGCUCGGACGAGGUGGUGGAGGAGUCGAUCGACGCGGAGUUCAUCGAGGCAAGUAACGAUCAGGAGACUUACGACGAGUCCGAGAAACCGGACAGCAUCGACCACGACGAACGGAGCAGCUCCGUGAACUCGUGUCACGCCUUUGGCGACAACGAAGCGGACGUUUAUCAGACCUUGGAAUGUCCACGAGCAAAAUCGUGCUUCAAACCUAGAGAGAAGCCUAAGUUUCGUAAGCAGGACUCGGUGGACGCGUUACCGACCUCGAUUCUCUCGAAUUUGCACACGUCGAAGAAGUUCGGUUCGGUGGAGACGAUCCAGAAGAAGAAAGACCCUGUUUUCUUUCUGCGAAGAUCGCACACGAGCUUGGAGAAGCAAUCCACGGUCCCUGACAGAACGACCAAGUUAAAUAACAUCAGGGAGAUCGAGGAUCAGAAGACCUCGACCAGAAGCAACUGGUCCAAGGAACAGUUCCAACGGAAGGGUAGCAACGAUUCGGAUAAGAGUUUCAGGGAAUCGAAUAAUCAAGUUGGGUCGAAGAUAAAGAGCUACCCUGGGAAGCAUAGCCUGGAGAACCUAAAACGGAAGACCAGCAAGGACAGCAGCUCCAGCAGUUCCAAGGACGAGCAGAUCCUGAUUUCCAGUUUGGCUAGAGACAAACUGUUUCGCAGGAAGAGUUCGCUGGAGCAGGAACCCCCUUCUAACAAGAACCACACGCCUAUUCAGAGAGCUAAACGCGCCGAGAUCGUGGCAGCAGUCACGGAAAGACUGUACUCGAGCAAGAAGAGCGCGGAAGACAUCAUGGGGCUGCGAUCUCCACCUGACACGGGUGACACGAAGUCUAUGGCGAAGAUGAAACUGCAGGAGAUCUCGAGGAAGAUGCUAGGCAAACGGAGACGCGUCUGCGUGGACACUCAGACCGACUGCUCGAGGACCGUUCGCAUGAAGGACACUGCGUCUCUGACGGAGACGCCACGGAUAGUCUGUCAGGACGUCGGAAUCCUCACAGACCAGCACGAGAUGUGCGAAUAUAUUGUAGAUCGAAAGACAUCGGUCCUGAGAGUGAAGGAGAUUGCUACAUCCACAGAGAGACCUAAGACGAAUGUCGUCAGAUGCAAGGAUGUGGGUACUCUAGCGAACGAUCUCGAAGAAUACGACUAUGAGAUCCAUUCUCCACGCAACGACUCUGGAAUCCUUUCCGAUGAUACCCAAAAUUACGCGGAGAGUAACCUGAGCAGCACCGAAGUCUCUGAUCUCUGUCAAGAGGCUGACAGGAGAGUGGCGUAUGCGGAAAGUUCGACGAACACGAGCAUGUUCUCUUCCUGUCGCAGUUUUGCGGUACAAACACCUCGGCCGGAGGUCUACGAUCGGUCAGUAUCGGAGAGCAAAGCUCCAGCUUGCGUCAGACAGUGUUGCAAUUCCAGUCAAGAGCUUCAGAAUCAUCCUCCGUCGAACAAUAUCGAAAAAAGCGUCAUCUCUAUAUCCCUGCCAGACACUAUCAGCAUCACCAUCGAAAGCACGAAUUCCUUGGAGUCCAGGAUCGUGGUGAUGGACAACGAUCCAUCGAGACGGGGUCCAAAACGCAUUACCAAGGAUGAGACAGCUCAGACCGAAGAAUGGGACGAUCUUCGUAACGAGAUCUUUUGUUCGAGAGAUCAGACCACAUCGACGCUCGGCCAAACCGACAGCAGGGUGUUCCGAAUCGAAAACAUCUUCCAGGACCCCAACAACGCGACCAAGAAUUUAAGAGUAGAUUCGAAUCGAACGGAGGGGACGAGGAUAAGGAAUUCCAUUACUUUCAGGAAUUCCCUAGGCACAUCCUACGUGUCCCAGCCGAAGAAGCACGACGUAGCUCCUGAAAGACCUGGCGCUGAAGGAUUUAUCAGGGACGGAUUAAUCACGGAAGCGUUCAUCAACCGGAAGAGCAGUUUUAAUUCCAGAAGAGCACCCAGUUCGGCCGUUUACCAGGAUCCUUGGAGGAACUGGCAAGUUCCUGUUUCCCUGGCGAACACAGUUCAUCCGAUAGAUUAUGCCAAGGGACUGGGCUUCAUACCUCCUUCCUGGCAACCGGAAAUAGGCGAACUUUCGAUGCCAGGACAAAGUUUCCCGCGGAGUAACUGUGUUAGGCCAAGUGGUUCUACAUUUGGACACUUCCAAGUAGACCCCGGCUUAACUAACGUUCCAGAAUCGUCAGAGAUGAAGUCUCCCUAUUCUACCAUUAGCAGCAACUUGGAUUACGAUCACGGUUUCUCGGAUGACAGCUUGGAUUAUAACGAAAACAGCAUGCCCAACGAGUCUGCGACGAUGGCGAUGAUCAAACAGGCGAUGAAGCAGCGCGAGAUUCUCUGUCCACCUGACGUAGUGGCUCAUACUAAAAGGGACCGUGCAAAAUCCUCCAUUAACCCGGAGAAAAGCGACUCUAUCAGUGACUUCGAAGACGUUCAGGUGGAAUUCCCAAGAAAGAGUCCCACGAAGUUGACAGACGCUGUCAAUGUACACGAUUACAAGUCACUGAUCUUGGGUAGACCUUUUUACAGUUUUGAGGAGACGAACGAUGAACUGGCCGCUUCUCUGAGCCGUUUGAACGAUCCUGGGAAGAAGAAGGUAUCCUUCUGCAAUUCCGACAUUCAUGAGAAGAAGCUGGAUGUCGGGUCUCCAGGAACACUCAAGUCUAUUAUCAAAAAUAUGCAGAAGAAGAACGUGUCCGAGUUCCUGAACUCGUCCAACGACGAGACUGACGACUCUCAGCAGGAGGAAAGGAUCUGUUUAACCUUGGAGAAGGAGUGGAAGGCAGAGAUGCAGUCUGCCAGCUCGGAAGAGGGCAAGGAGGACCAGGAUUCGGUGGAAUCAGAGGGAAACUGCAGACAGAGUCGCAAGAAGGUCAAGUUCUCCGUGGACGAAUUAUCGGAGAACACGUGUAGCGAGUCGGACAGCUGCGAGAUGGUGGACGAGGAGGACGAGGAAGAGGAGGACCUGCUCGACGGCAGGAACGUCCUCGAGGAGUAUCUGAGCGAGGCGGUGACCUUCAUGAGAAAUUUGAACUCUAUCAGCGAGUACGUGAACGGGACGAGCAUGCUCGAGAGAUACCCCGCAUCCCUGAGCCGUGGACGAGGCGGGAAACGUGGUGCUCGUCGUCGAAGCCGCUCCUCCUCCUCGAAUCGCGAUUACUCGGAACUCGUGGGUCGUAGGGUCAGCCUGAAGGAUGACGACGACUACCCGACGGAAGACGAUGAUAUCGCGGUGUCCACGGACUCUUACGACAGAUGUCUGAAAGGAAUCCAGAGGCUGGAGGACUGCAUUCGAAGGGUGGACAGGCACAACGAGCUGCUAAAGGAGAAAUAUGGCAUCGAUUGCGAAUCUGCUGGCGCUAGACCUGGUCUAGCGAGUCCCAGCAUAGAUACUCGCGCGCCGGUAACGAACCAGGACCUCAGGAUUCCUCGUGAGACGGAGACUCCCUCGGAAGACACUAGUCUGAAAGCGAAUGACGAUUUGGAGAAGAAAAUCUUCGAUCAGCUGAUGAGCGUCGCCAAUUCCAUCCGCUAUCGACACUCCAGUAAGCUCCAAGCUCGUUUGCUCGAUUCCUCUGAUUGCGGAUCUAGGAGUCCCAGUUAUGGCUCGAAAUUUCGCGAGAAAUAUCGUCACAAUGCCAAAGAACCGUUCUACAGGGACGUCAGAGGGAGUCUCAGCCUGGAAGAAGCUUCAGACGCAAACGAAGAGCACGAGGAUUUCACCACGUACGAGAUAACGGGAAACCUGUCUGUCGGGAGGUCUUGCUCACCUGAGAAGAGUCACAGCGAACUACUGUCUCCGUUGGAGGACGAGUUUUUGCCUGUUAGAAGGUUUAAUCGAUCCUCUUGGUCUGCUGACAUAAAUCGCGCGACUUGGAGGACACCUAAACACGACGAACUCCUCUCGAAAUACGAAGUGACCGAUUGCAGGAUCGCUGAUAACGCUGAUCCCUUAGGGAGAAUGUACAACGCCAAGGGAUGCUUGCCUACGCAACGAGUGUUGACCGGUAACUCGCGAAGAAGGCUCCAAGAAACGGAGGAUUAUUCGCGGAGAACCAGGGACGGAUGUUGCAGAGUGUGCGCGUCGUGUUCCAAGGAUCAGUCGGAUAUCGAGAGCACGUCGAGCGAAAUCGUGCAUCUCAGGGACAAAUUGAAAUAUCCCGGAAGUCCCAGGGCGAGAUUUCUGGAGCUGCUACGGGAGAGGCGGCGAAUCGUAGAGUGCAGCCGUGGCACGAGUGCCUCUUGAACGCCUCCCGUUAGUCGUCCCUUUCAAUUGUAAAAUGUAUUUUUCUAUUGUAACGCGUCGACACGACCUCGACAGCGCCCUCUUUGUAAAUAAUAGAGUUCAGACAUUUUCUAACGUUUCUCACCG